UGACCGUUGGUGAGUUCUCACAGCAUGGCGGAAGGAGUAGUUGUCCGGGUGGAUUGUUACGCACCUUUUAACUCAUGUCCUCAGUCUUGAGGGGAGAAGUUUUGGCUUUCGAAACGCAUUUUAUCACACUUAAAAAAACUUCAACGUAUUUUCACGACGAUGGCAGACCGCGGUGUGGAUUUGGCAGUUCUAACGUUACCGAAGGAGGUUAGAGAUCAGUUGGCGGAGUUGGAGCUCGAGCUGUCUGAAGGUGACAUCACACAGAAGGGCUAUGAAAAGAAACGAGCUAAAAUUCUUGCCCCGUUCGUACCACAGACCCAAAAUGUGGAUGUGAGCAUCCAGUUGACCCCGGGCCUUUCUUCAGAGUCUACCUCUAGCCCUAAUGCUGUCCCCGUUGCUGCCCCACGGCAACACCGAGCUCACCGCAGUGGAGGAACACGGGAUGACCGCUACCGGUCAGAUAUCCACACAGAGGCUGUGCAGGCAGCUCUGGCCAGGCAUAAAGAGGAGAAGAUGGCCCUUCCAAUGCCCACUAAGCGUCGUUCAGCCUUCGCCCAGUCUGCUGCGGAAAACUGCACUCCUCCAGAUACGUCGUCGGCGUCAGAGGACGAGGGCUCCCUACGGAGGCGUCAGGCCGCUAUCAGUGCAAUGCUGGCUCAGAAUCUCCAGAGUCCCGAGUACUGGAUCAACCGCUCUGUCCAGAGCUCCUCCACCUCCUCUUCUGCCUCCUCUACCCUCUCUCACGGCGAUGGCAAAACUCAGAACCACAACCACAGCCAGGGGCAGACCAGCGUGCUCGCUGACGUGCUGGCACACACCCGCAUAGAGAGCAGCAGCGUUCCGCCUGACGUCACGUCCACAGCACCCCAGGACAGGAACUCCAGAGUGGACCUGCCACCCAACAUCACAGUGAGGGGCAUGAGCCGUGGCCAGAGCCGCUCCAGCAUGAUGGACACUGCCGGCGGUGUUCCAGCUCACAGUCGUGUCUCCACCAAAAUACAGCAGCUGCUUAACACAUUAAAGAGACCUAAGCGGCCUCCGCUCAGCGAAUUCUUUGUGGAUGAUUUUGAAGAGAUUGUGGAAGUUCCCCAGCCAGAUCCCAACACCCCCAGGCCAGAGGGGCGACAGAUGAUUCCAGUAAAGGGAGAGCCACUAGGGGUGGUCAGUAACUGGCCUCCAGCUCUGCAGGCGGCACUGGCACGUUGGGGAGCCACACAGGCCAAGAGUCCAGCCCUCACUGCUUUGGACAUCACUGGAAAACCACUCUACACCCUUACCUAUGGUAAACUGUGGAGUCGCAGUCUGAAGUUGGCGUACACGCUUUUAAACAAACUUGGCACCAAAAAUGAACCAGUUCUGAAACCUGGAGAUAGAGUGGCAUUAGUUUAUCCCAACAGUGACCCUGGGAUGUUCUGGGUGGCUUUUUAUGGGUGCCUUCUCGCUGAGGUCAUUCCUGUCCCAAUAGAGGUGCCUUUAUCUCUGAAGGAUGCAGGAAGUCAGCAGAUAGGCUUCUUAUUAGGCAGCUGUGGUGUGGGUCUCGCUCUCACUAGUGAAGUAUGUCUAAAAGGACUUUCAAAGACCCAGAAUGGAGAAAUAAUGCAAUUUAAAGGAUGGCCUCGGCUCAAAUGGGUGGUCACUGAUACCAAGUAUCUCACGAAACCUUCCAAGGACUGGCAGCCGCACAUACCUACUGCAAACACUGACACUGCUUACAUAGAGUACAAAGCCUCUAAGGAGGGUACAGUGAUGGGAGUGGCUGUGUCAAAAAUUUCCAUGCUGACACACUGUCAGGCUCUAACACAGGCCUGUAAUUACUGUGAAGGAGAAACACUGGUUAAUGUCGUGGAUUUCAAGAAAGACUCAGGCCUUUGGCAUGGAGUUCUAACGAGUGUCAUGAACAGGAUCCACACUAUUAGUGUGUCAUACUCUGUCAUGAAGGCUUGUCCACUGUCCUGGGUGCAGAGAGUUCAUGUUCACAAAGCUCGUGUGGCCUUGGUGAAAUGUAGAGACCUGCACUGGGCUAUGAUGGCUCACAGAGAUCAGAAGGACACCAAUCUGUCUUCCCUGCGCAUGCUAAUCGUAGCUGAUGGAGCCAAUCCUUGGUCUGUGUCUUCAUGUGAUGCCUUCCUAAACGUGUUUCAGUCUCAUGGGUUGAAACCCGAGAUGAUCUGUCCAUGUGCUUCCUCCCCUGAGGCCAUGACAGUGGCUAUCCGCAGGCCUGGUGCUCAGGGCACUCCGCUCCCUGCCAGAGCCAUUCUGUCAAUGGCGGGACUCAGUCAUGGGGUGAUUCGGGUCAACACGGAGGAUAAGAACUCUGCCCUUACUGUGCAAGAUGUAGGACAUGUCAUGCCUGGAGGUCUGAUGUGUAUUGUGAAGUCCGAUGGGCCGCCCAUGCUCUGCAAGACCGAUGAGAUCGGAGAGAUAGUGUUGAACUCUCGUGCCGGAGGCACCAUGUACUACGGCCUGCCCGGGGUAACCAAGAGCACUUUUGAGGUGAUUCCUGUAAACUCAGGCGGUAACCCUAUUGGAGACGUUCCCUUCACACGCACUGGACUGUUGGGCUUUGUGGGUCCGGGAAGUUUAGUGUUUGUUGUUGGGAAGAUAGAGGGUUUGCUUUCAGUCAGUGGGCGCAGACACAAUGCAGACGACCUGGUGGCCACAGCGCUGGCAGUGGAGCCGGUCAAAACGGUCUACCGAGGGAGGAUUGCUGUGUUCUCCGUCACUGUAUUCUAUGAUGAGAGAGUAGUGAUUGUGGCAGAGCAGAGGCCUGAUGCCAAUGAAGAGGACAGUUUCCAGUGGAUGAGUAGAGUCCUGCAGGCGAUAGACAGUAUCCAUCAGGUGGGCUUGUAUUGUUUGGCCCUGGUCCCUGCUAACACGUUACCCAAAACUCAUCUGGGUGGUAUUCAUAUUUCGGACACCAAACAGCACUUCCUGGAGGGAUCUCUGCACCCUUGCAAUAUUCUGAUGUGCCCUCAUACGUGUGUGACCAACCUUCCAAAACCCAGACAAAAGCAACCAGUGGGAGUUGGUCCAGCCUCCAUCAUGGUGGGGCACCUGGUGGCAGGAAAGAGGAUCGCACAGGCUAGUGGGAGAGAUCUUGGGCUCAUCGAUGACCAAGAGCAAUCCAGAAAGCAUCAGUUCCUGUCUGAAGCCCUGCAGUGGAGAGCACAGACUGAUCCUGAUCAUGUGCUCUAUAUGCUGCUGAAUGCAAAGGGUGUAGCAGUGAGCACAGUCACGUGUUCUCAACUGCACAAGCGAGCAGAGAAGAUCACUGCAGCUUUGCAGGAAAGAGGAGGAAUUAACACUGGAGACAAUGUAGUACUGCUUUAUCCUCCAGGCAUAGACCUGAUCGCCUCCUUUUAUGGCUGUCUGUAUGCUGGUUGCAUUCCGGUCACCGUCAGGCCUCCUCAUCCACAGAACCUUGCCGCCACUCUCCCCACAGUCCGAAUGAUCAUAGACGUGAGCAAAGCAGCCUGCAUCCUCACGACUCAGACCCUGAUGAAGAUUUUGCGGUCUAAAGAAGCGGCAGGCUGUGUGAAUGUGAAGACUUGGCCGAAUAUCAUAGACACAGAUGAUCUUCCCAGAAAACGGCCUUCAAACAUCUAUAAACCCCCCACUGCGGAAAUGUUGGCCUACCUGGACUUCAGUGUGUCCACCACAGGCAUGCUGACCGGAGUUAAGAUAUCUCACUCAGCAGUCAAUGCUCUAUGUCGGUCCAUCAAACUGCAGUGUGAGCUGUACUCAUCCAGACAAAUUGCCAUCUGCAUGGACCCCUACUGUGGCCUGGGCUUUGUGCUAUGGUGUAUGUCUAGUGUUUAUUCAGGUCACCAGUCAAUCCUGAUCCCUCCCUUGGAGCUGGAGACGUCUCUGCCCCUGUGGUUGAGCACGCUUAGUCAGUAUAAGAUCAGAGACACAUUCUGUUCAUACUCGGUCAUGGAGCUCUGCACCAAAGGCCUUGGCACACAGACUGAAGCUCUGAAGGCGCGCGGCGUGAACCUCUCCUGUGUAAGGAGCUGUGUCGUCAUAGCAGAAGAGAGGCCUCGUUUGGCACUCACGCAGUCAUUCUCCAAGCUCUUCAAAGACCUGGGCCUGUCUCCACGCGCAGUGAGCACAGCUUUCGGCGCCAGAGUCAACCUGGCCAUCUGUCUACAGGGCACUGCUGGUCCAGACCCGUCCACUGUUUAUGUAGACAUGAAGUCCCUCCGGCAUGACAGAGUGAGGCUGGUGGAGAGAGGAGCUCCUCAAAGUCUGCCGCUGAUGGAGUCGGGGACUAUUCUUCCUGGAGUGAGAGUAAUCAUCGUGAACCCAGAGACAAGAGGACCACUAGGAGACUCUCAUCUAGGCGAGAUCUGGGUGAACAGUCCUCAUAAUGCCAGUGGUUAUUAUACGAUCUAUGGUGAGGAGAGCCUGCAGGCAGACCACUUCAACACACGGCUGAGCUUUGGAGACACUGAAACGCUCUGGGCCAGAACUGGAUAUCUGGGAUUUGUCAAGAGGACAGAGCUACUGGAUGCCAGUGGAGAUCGCCACGAUGCUCUGUUUGUGGUGGGUUCACUUGAUGAAACCCUGGAGUUGCGAGGUUUGCGCUAUCAUCCCAUUGACAUUGAGACCUCUGUGUCUCGGGCGCACCGCAGCAUCGCUGAGAGUGCCGUCUUUACAUGGACCAACCUUUUGGUGGUUGUAGUGGAGCUCAGUGGAUCUGAGCAGGAAGCUCUCGAUUUGGUUCCCCUGGUCACUAAUGUGGUUCUGAAAGAGCAUCACCUUAUAGUUGGUGUGGUGGUCAUCGUGGACCCCGGCGUCGUCCCGAUCAACUCGCGUGGUGAGAAGCAACGCAUGCACCUGCGCGACUCCUUCCUGGCUGAUCAGCUGGAUCCCAUCUACGUGGCGUACAACAUGUGAGCAUGGACCAAAGUGCUUAAAGCUCAAAGUGGCACCCAAAGAACCACUCACAACGUGGCUGUUCCUCUGUGCCGUCUGAACACCACACGGAGGAAGGAGCUGGUUAGUCCUCUUUCUGCCCCUGCGCUGAGCCUUUUACAUAUUUUUAUGUUCUUUAUAAUGUGAUUGUGGCCCGUUUAACCUGGCUCAAGCCACCCAACCUUCUCUGGACAUCCAGGAGUGUGGUGCUCUUCUUUUAGAACAUAUUUUUGCCCUUUAAACCAGGUGAAACCACAUUUCCGCCAGUUGUGCCACUUCCGAUAUGCCUCUUCCAUAGAGCAGCGCUUGUGCUCUUGCAGUUAGACCUGAGGGACUAACAUGAAACUUUUCUGCGCACUUUAUCUCCUCUCGUGGCCAGAGGAGUCUCCUUCGGUUUUCAUUCUGGAAGUGCUAACUUCGUUUUAUGGAUCAACAGUAUCACCAGCAAAACAAAAAUAUCUUCUUUUAUUCAAAACUGCUAGUCAUUUGAAUGAUUUUAAAAUAAAUGCACCGCAUUUUAAGAUUGCGAGAAAAGUUUUUUUUUUUUUUUUUUUUUUUUUAAACUUAGAAAUGUAAUUGUAAGAACUGGAGUGAGGAGGGGUUUGUGACAUUGUCCUCACUAAAAGCACAGCAGUUUUAACACAAUACAUUCGUAACUUGACAUCAAUGUUUUAAAUGUGUAUAUUGAGGGUGACAGAAAUGUUUGGAGAUGAACACAGUUCCAUGCCUUAUGAAAAUUGUAUUUCUGUCUUCAUAUUGAUUUGAGGUGACUGGAAAGGUUUGUAUGUAGACUAUAUAUUGUAGUGUCUCACUGGUGUUACCGUAUAAACAAAUGGACCCCCUUAUCUGGUCCUCCAAAAAAAACAAAACUUGACUGAUCUUUUAUACUUGAUGGCAGUUCUUAGCAGCACUAACUCAAGAUCAUGAUUCAGAAACAGGAACGACCCUUCAAUGCUUUCUUGAGGGUUUUGGAUGUGUGUGUGAGAGAGAGUGUGACAAAAGGCAAAAAGGGUGUUUUAACUGACUUGUUGAAAGAGAGAGUGUGAACUAAGAGAGGAAAUAUCUUUUCUAUCUUAAAAUUACAGUAACAUUUAUUAGCACCUAACCUUUUAUUUCAGAAUGGCCUUAGAUAUCAAAAUGUUCUUUCUUCCUGCAGAUUGUUUACAUGUGAAUUUUUUUUUCUUUAACAAUGCACACAUUCUCAAAUCCGUUUUUGUAUUUUUAAUUCAAUUCUUAUUUGUCAAAAUAUCAAGUGUGUCGGUGCAAAAUUUAUAGCUUUAUGUUAAUUAAAUGUAUUGUUGUCAUCA